AUGCACCCUCCUCCCAUUUCUCUCUCUCUCUCUCUCUCUCUCUCUCUCUCAUCCAAAUUCCCAAUCCAAAACCUUCACCGUCCAAUUCAGUGAGUCAUCAAUAGAGGGUCGAGUCAACCCGCCAUGACUCGGCGGUGCUCCCAUUGCAGCAACAACGGCCACAACUCCCGGACCUGCCCCACCAGAGGCGGCGGCAGCGGAAGCGGCUCCGCCGCGAGCGGCGGUGUGAAGCUGUUUGGGGUUAGGCUCACCGACGGCGGCUCGAUCAUCAAGAAGAGCGCCAGCAUGGGAAACCUCUCGGCGCACUACCAUUCUUCGUCGUCCGCCGCCGCUUCACCCAAUCCCGGAUCGCCUUCCUCCGACCUUCUCCGCGACCCGGUUCACGUGCCCGAUGAGUACCUGUCCGACGACCCGGCCCACGGCCCGGGUUCGUCGAAUCGCCGUGCCGAACGAAAGAAAGGUGUUCCAUGGACAGAAGAAGAACAUCGCCUGUUCUUACUUGGUCUCCAAAAGUUAGGGAAAGGUGAUUGGCGUGGGAUAUCACGUAGUUACGUCACAUCAAGGACACCUACCCAAGUAGCGAGCCAUGCCCAGAAGUAUUUCAUCCGGCACACUAAUGCUAUCCGGAGAAAGAGGCGAUCCAGCCUUUUCGAUAUGGUUCCAGAAAUGGACACAGAUCAGCCACCACUACCGGAAGAGCAAUUCAUGCUCCCUCCCUCUCAACCUUUUGAUACUGAUACUUCAAACUCAUUCCCCUCAUUGAAGCUCUCUCUGAGUCAAGAAUUUGAACCCAUGGAAACCACUUCUGAAGAAAAGGUCGAAGAAGAAGCCAAAGAAACCGCGACUCCAGCAGGUGAAUUCCCAACAGCGGUUCCUGCAUUCUUUCCCGCUUUUCUACCCAUUCCAUUUCCACUGUGGCAAUCAAAUGCAGCCCCUCCUGAAGAAGAGAAAGGAGUAGAGACAUUCCAUCAUCAAGUCCUUAGGCCCAUUCCUGUCAUUCCUAAAGAACCAGUAAAUGUGGAUGAAUUAGUGGGAAUGUCUCAACUUAGUUUGGGAGAGACUGAAUCAAGCCAUAGGGAGCCCCCAUCGCUGUCCUUAAGCCUGUUAGGGACACCUUCAAGACCGUCUGCGUUUCAUGCAAGCACUCCUGUUAAUCCGUCAGCUACGACAAGUAAACAUUUGUGAAUUUAAAUUGUGCGCUUCCCUUGUUAUUUAGUUUUUUUUUUUUCAAAUUUAUUUGUGCUAUCAUGUAGCUGUAUCGAUCUAUGGGAAAAACGGAUGGUACUAUGGUAGGAUGUUCUUGUUCGAAAUAGUUAUUCUUUCACCCCUGUAAAGAGGUAGAAUUUCGAAAUAAUAUGGAUCAAGUUGGAAGCAA